AAUAAAUUCUAUCUUUCUCUUUCUCUCUCUCUCUCUCUUUCUCUCUUUUUUUAUUAUUGUUAUUGUUAAUUGUUAAGUUAUGGAUUCACAGCUUAUAAAAACAGUCAAUAAGCUCCAGGAUGCAUUUGUCACAGUAGGCGUUCACAAUCCGAUUGACCUUCCCCAAAUUACAGUUAUUGGUUCCCAGUCAAGUGGUAAAAGCUCAGUUCUAGAAAACAUUGUAGGACGUGAUUUCCUUCCUCGUGGCUCUGGUAUUGUGACUCGUCGACCUUUGAUUCUUCAACUUAUUAACCGACCUGCUUCUAAAGAUGACGAUGAACAUUCAGAAUGGGGUGAAUUCCUUCAUUUACCUGAGAAAAAAUUCUAUGACUUUUCAAAAAUUCGUGAGGAAAUUAUCAAGGACACUGAGCUUAAGACAGGUCAUAAAUCUGGUAUUUCACCACAACCUAUUAAUUUACGUAUCUACUCUCCCAAUGUUUUAACAUUAACAUUGGUUGACUUGCCUGGUCUUACUAAAGUGCCUGUUGGAGACCAGCCCAAAGAUAUUGAAAAACAAGUACGUGACAUGAUUCUCAAGUACAUUAGUAAGCCCAACUCAAUUAUUUUGGCAGUGACGGCUGCCAACACAGACUUGGCUAAUUCGGAUGGUCUCCAACUUGCACGCGAUGUCGACCCUGAAGGAUUACGCACAAUUGGUGUUUUGACUAAAGUCGAUUUGAUGGACGAAGGUACAGAUGUGAUUGAUAUCUUGGCGGGUCGAGUUAUACCAUUACGAUUAGGUUAUGUGCCUGUCGUGAAUCGUGGUCAACGCGAUAUUGAUCAGCACAAGUCUGUCACAGAGGCUCUUAAAGAUGAACGUGAGUUCUUUGAAAGACAUCCAGCCUACCAGUCUAAAUCUCAGUACUGUGGAACCCCCUUUUUAGCACGCAAACUGAAUAUGAUCUUAAUGCAUCACAUCAAAAAUACGCUACCAGAGAUAAAAGCAAAGAUACAGGCUGCUCUUGUCAAAUACCAGCAGGAGUUAGCUGCUUUAGGAGAACCUACAGAUAGCGGUGAUGCAAAUGUGAUCUUGAACAUUAUCUCUGAGUUUUGUAAUGAGUUUAGGUCGGUCAUUGAUGGAACAUCAACUGAAUUGUCAAAUUUCGAGUUAUCAGGUGGUGCACGUAUCAGUUUUGUCUUUCAUGAAUUGUAUGCAAAUGGAAUUAAAAAUAUUGAUCCCUUAGAACAAGUGAAGGAUGCUGAUAUUCGCACUAUCCUUUAUAAUUCAUCAGGUUCCUCACCUGCUCUCUUUGUAACAACCACUGCCUUUGAAGUGAUUAUCAAACAGCAAAUCAAGAGACUAGAAGAGCCAAGUGUACGUUGCAUCAACAUGGUUUAUGAUGAGUUAGUACGUAUCUUGACUCAAUUGUUGGCUAAAACAGCUGUAUUUAAACGAUUUCCUGUUCUUAAAGACAAAUUUUAUCAAAUCAUCUUGGGAUUCUUUAAAGGGGCUUUAGAUCCUACGACAAAACUAGUGAAAGAUUUAGUCGAUAUGGAGACAUGCUAUAUUAAUACAGCACAUCCUGAUUUUUUAAACGGACAUCAGGCGAUUGCUGCAGUAAAUGAGCAAAUAAAGCAUCGUCAAACGAAUGAACAACAACAUUUAAAUAAGGCAGCCAGUAAAACAUCAACAGUAACACCGAUAGCAACAGCAAUGAGUGAAGAUUCAUCAAGUCAUGGAUCCUUAUUUGGAAGCUUUUUUUCUGGACAUAAAAAGACAUUAUCAUCUUCAUCAAUUCCUAAAAGAACGGCUACAAGUAUUAUGGAAACUCCACCAGCUACGUUGAAAGCUACAGGUGCGUUAUCAGAUCGAGAAUAUAUGGAAACUGAGGUUAUCAAGUUAUUAAUUCAAUCUUAUUAUAAUAUUGUUAAGAGGACAAUGAUUGAUAUGGUACCCAAGGCUAUCAUGCUUAAUUUGGUGAGUCGUUCUAAAGAAGAACUUCAACGCGAAUUAUUAGCACAACUUUAUCAACAUGAUGUUUUAAAUGAUUUAUUAAAAGAAUCAGAAUUUACAAAACAGAGAAGAAAAGAGUGCAAGGAUAUGAUUGAGGCAUUGCAAAAAGCAAAUGAAAUUGUUGGAUCUAUAUAAGAAGCAGUGUGAUAUAAAAAUGCUUGGUAGAAUAGUAUGAAAUAGAUAUAGUAUAGACAUGAUAAUUGAAAAAAAAAAUAAAAAUAAAGAGGG